GCAGGAUAAUUGGAUAAAAUUUUUUAAUAAUUUCUAUUAUAUAUUCAUAGCUAUACCAACUGGAAUAUUACAAAAUGAAUUCUACAAUAAUAAUCGCCCUAAUUAUAUGAAUUAUGGUAAAAUUGGUUCUAUAAUUGGCCAUGAAAUAAUUCACGGUUUUGAUAAUAGUGGAAGAAAAUUUGAUAAAAAUGGCGAAGCUUCUGAUUGGUGGUCGAUUUACACAAAUAAUACAUACAACAGAAAAAUAGCUUGUUUUAUUGAACAGUAUAAUAAUUACACUGGGGUCCAAACUGAAUCGAAAGUUAAUGGUACCAUUACUCUCAAUGAAAAUAUUGCUGACAUUAUUGGUACAAGAAUAUCUUAUUUAGCAUACAAAAAUUGGGUCGCCAAAAAUGGAGAAGAAAAAAGCUUACCUGAAUUACCGUAUACGGCUGAUCAAUUAUUUUGGAUAUCUUUUGCGGAUUUCUGGUGCUCAAGUAACGAAAAAAAAAAAAGUUUACAUGGGAAGAGAUACGAUAAUCAUGCGCCGGGAGAUGUUCGUGUUAUUGGAACACUUUCAAAUAUCCCAGAGUUCUCUGCAGACUUUGGAUGCCCUACUGGUUCAAAUAUGAAUCCUAUUAAAAAGUGUACUCUUUGGUAAUGAU